AUGCAGAGUCAGGAAUUGCCUUCCGAUAAGAGAAAUUCGAAUCAUUUAUUGGUAAUUGUUCCACCAUUUACAAGUAGCAAGCUACUUUCGAGUAUUGAAAAAUAUUUUUCAUUAUUUAUUCUUUCGUUAAUGAAGGAAUCGGAUUCGAAUAGAAUUCCAGUGUUAUUUGAAGAAAUUAGAAAGUUUGUAAUUGAAUUUCAAAGUGAAGAAACAAAUAAUCAAAGUAGAUUUGAUAGAAAGAAUGGCGAGUUUAUAGAAAUUAUUAAUUUUGAUAGAAAAAAUCAAAGAUGGUCAAUAAUUGACAAUUUACCAAAUUUAAUUUUAAAUGAUGACAUUUGUGUUGAAACAAUUUUCAAAAAAGUAAUUUUAGAAAAUAUUAAUUUAAAAUUGAGAAAGAAUUUUUCAAAAUAUUUAACACAUCCAAUUAAUAGUUCAUUUAAAUUUGAAAAUAAUCAAAAAUUAAUUGAAAAUCUAGUUCCAAAAUUGGAUAUUGAUUGGUCGAGUUUCCAAAAUAGUCAAAUUGAUAAGAUUUUAUUUACAAAAUUUGUUCAAUUUAAUAAUUCACAAUAUUUUCUACAAUUAAUUUUACAAUCAUUUGAAUAUUUAUUUGAAAAUAUUCCAAAUGAAGUAUUUUUCAAUGUAAUUACUGAUUCAAUUCAUUCCAUAGAAAUUGAAUGCUCACACUCUUCUUAUAUUAAAGAUUGUGCAAGAGAUAAAUACUCUUGUGAAAAAUCUCAUAAGGAAGGUUUUACAAUGAGAUCUAAAAUUCAAUAUUUACCACAUUUACAAAAGUAUACUCUUAAAUUAUUAUAUCCUUCUUUUAAAUUUGAUGAUAAUAUAUUAUUGGAAUAUAGUGAUGAACAAGUACUUCGAGAAUAUGAACAACAUUUAUUGAAUAUUAUUGAAAUUGCUAAUAUUAUUUCAUACAGUUCAUUUCAAUGUAUAUUUAAAUUUAUUUAUUCAAAGUUUUACUUGUUGGAAAAGUAUCAGCUACAGUGGUUGCAAUCUGUGAGUGAAUUACCUGAAAUUAAGGAAUCUCCAAGAAAACUUCGAUGUUUCUAUAAUCAAUUCCAAUUGGAGAAACCAUUCAUUACUUAUACUCAUUUAUCGGCUGCUCCAGCAAAAGCUAAAUCACCAAAAUCACCAAUAUCUCCAAACAUGGAACCACCAGUAGAUGAAGAUUUAAAGGAUUCUGAAACAGUUUUUCAUGAUACGACCAACAAACUCUUCAACUCUGAAAGAAAUGUUUUUGUUAUUGAUGGAAUUCCUUUCAGAUUCUUUCCACAUCAUGUUCAUUCAUCGAAUUUGAAUGCAUUCUUUGAUGCCAAUUUGAAAAAGAAGGGAUUUUUAGGUGAGAAGGUUAUUAGAAUUUGGAAAAUUGUUAAAUUCAACAAGAAUCAUGUUGCUCAAGAACGUUUAUUCAUUUUAACAACAAAAGCCUAUUGGACAUUCAAGUAUACAGAUAACGAAAAGGCAGAUUUGAUUGAACUCAAUGAAAAGAAGAGUUUCAAGAGACAUGCCUUAAUUGACUAUGCAAUGAUUGAUGUUACAAAGCUCUAUCAACAAGUGUCUCUUACAUCUUCAUCAAGUGUUUAUGGAAGUGGAAUGAGAAUUUUAACUCGAGAAUCUAAAAGAAGAAAUACUGUCAUGCUUUCUAAAAACGGAAGUCAAUUCGAAGAAAAUAUUCAAGAUUCCAAAUCAAAAACAGUUGAAGAGGAAUGUGAUCCAGAUCUUGAAUUUGUAAUGUUUGUAGAAGAAGGAUGGACAACAAUGUCAAGCUCAAUCUAUGAUCACAACAUGACUGAAAAUGCAAGAAAACAAAAAGAAAAGAGAAGCAAAUCAAAUGAACAUUACGAAAGCUUAUUAAUGGUUGAUUCAGGGAAAUCAAUCAUUACAACAGAUUUACAAAAACAAAUCCUUUUGGAAAUGGCUUAUUGUAUCUAUUCAACAGCUAAGAGUUGUGUUCCAUUCAGUCAAUCAAUUAGUCCACCAUUUACGGAUUGUAUCGUGUUAAGACAAAAGAAAAAUCUCUUGAAUUCAUUCAGAUUUUAA